AUGAAAAGCAGAGAGAGGGUUUUGGAGGACAUAAGAAACAGAUUGAGGACACUGCUGUCGAGCAGGAAGUGCAUAGGCAUGGAAAGCAUAAGAGAUGACUUUUUUUUUAUGAUAACAAAUCCUAAAAUCUUCGACGAGCUAGUGAUGGAACCGGUCUUUUCUUGCAAUAAAUAUUGGGAGUUUAAGAGACUAAUGUAUCUUUGUGGAUAUUCGCAUAUCAAUAGAUGUAUGUUCAUGAAGGGAGGAGAAAAGGAAGGCCGAGCCCCUAGUAUACUUCUUAAGAGGCCUGAAGAAAAGGAUCUUUUGCGUUUUGAAGAAGCCUUGGAAGAUCUGCGGAAAAAGUAUUUAGAUCUUGAAGAGAUUCUGGACGAUGUAUGGGACAGACUGGAUAAUAUAGAUGGUGCUCUUGAAAGAUCCAUGGGAGCAAUACGGGAUGUAUUUAACAAAGGAGCAGAAGUCUCAGGAGUUGAUCUCCAAGAAAUAAAUGGACUUGUUGAUUCACUAAUGAAAUAUGAUGAGUCGGAGUCCAUGGAUACAUUCAGCGAGGGAGCAACUCCGGAAGAAUCCGAUAUAGAAGCAUUUUCGUCCUCCUCAGAGGAGGGCCACACAAAGGUGUUGGAAAAUAAAGAAAAGAAGAUCAGUUUCUUUUAG